AUGCUCCCAGCACGUUCCCUCACAGACAUUGAGUAUGCGGACAAUAUUGCUCUCCUUGGUUCCGAUUCUUCCCAAGUGCAAACAAUUUUAAAUAACCUAAAUAACUCUGCCGUACGGUUUGGCUUGCGUUUCACACCUGCAAAGUGUAAAGUGUUGCUGCAUGACUGCGUGGGAUCAAACCCACACCUCAUGCUUGCAGAUGACUUUCAGACUUUUACACAGUCUUCGCCCAGCUCCUACGAAGAGUGGAAUAGGGAGUGGAAAAGAUCUGAUCUUCCCAGGGCGCUACAGUCCUUCGACAUAUCUCGCCUUCCUUCGCAUCUGAAAAAGCGCUUGCGACCAACCAAAGAUUUCUUCGUUGAAAGUAGUCCGGUUGAGUCCACUCUGGACUAUAAGCGACGUCUGUUUGGUGAAUAUGGCUUUAUUAGUGGUGUUGAUCCGUCCAUUCUUUUUGUCGAUCCGGAGGUAGCCAGUUUCGAAAGUUCCCUGGGACAAGCAACCGAACGUCCGAUCGAGGAGGUUUUGGAAGAAGCUAAACAAGCGAAAGCUGCUUUCGAUGAAUUGGUGAACGAACGGAUAAAAAACGUCAAAUCCAACAUGAAAAAAAUGCCUGAGCUUAUUGAGAAGCAUGAAUUUCAGAAAUCAAAGCAACAUUCAAUCAGUGAGGUUGAAGAACAAAAGAGAAGAGCUAUACUGGAAGAGGCGCGCGAUCGUUUUGGUUACUACCUGGACCCGAGGGACCCAAAGUUUAUCAAAUUGAAGCAAGAAAUCGAAGAACGCGAAAAACUUGCCAAGAAGCAACAGAAAAAGGCCAACCGAUGA